AUGGCUGAUGAUCAAAGAGCAAAAAUCAUAUCUCUUAACAGAAAGAGAGGUAGUAUAAAAUCCUCUUUAACAAAGCUGAACUCUUUUAUCGAAACGGAUGAUUCAAAGGAUUCAAUAGUGUAUCAAACUAAACUGGAUAAUCUUCUCAAGAUUAAACAAAACCUAGAACAGAUUAAAGAAGAGUACUUCGUUACAGCCGAGGAUUCCGAAUUACAAGAAUUGGAAGAUUCGGUAGAAGAAUUAGAAGAGGAGUGCGAAAGACUAGAGAAUGAUAAUUUAGAAAAAAUAAUGGAACGAUUUUGGCAAAUCGAAACAUUACAUGAAAAUCAAUUUUCUUUAAGUGAAGAUUCAAUUUAUUGUGAGAAACAUUUCAAGCAAACAUACAAACGCAAUGAGGAAGGUAGAUAUAUUGUGGAAAUGCCAAUAAAGGAGAAUCCCCCUGUGUUAGGUGAAUCAAAACAAAUAGCGCGAAAUCGUCUAGACAGUUUAAUUAAAAGGCUAAACAAAAACCCGCAAAUGAAAAAGCUCUAUUCUGAAUUCAUUGAGGAAUAUGCAGCUCUUGGUCACAUGGAAAGAGUAAUGGAAGAUGAAUUACCAGAAACUAAUUAUUUUUUACCUCAUCAUGGAGUCUACCGGGAAGGAUCUACAAGCACCCCUCUAAGAGUAGUCUUCAAUGCUAGCUCCCCUAGCUCUAAUGGAGUUUCAUUAAAUGAUUUAUUGUGUAAAGGUGAUGUUGUUGAGGACAUUUUUGAAUUAAUAAUAAGGUUCAGGACACACAAGUUUGCCUUUACAUUUGACAUUCAAAAGAUGUUUCGUCAGAUUUUAGUUGUGCCACAUCAAAGAGACUAUUUACGAAUUUUAUGGUUUGAUGACAGUUCCCAUCAAGAAGUAACAUUUAGAUUAAAAACUGUGACAUAUGGCACUUCAUAUGCACCUCAUCUUGCCGUACGCACCAUUAAACAAUUAGCUUUAGAUGAAGCGUCGGACUUUCCGUUAGCAUCGGAAAUGGUUUUACGCGACCUUUAUAUGGAUGAUGGGAUUACAGGCGCCCCGGAUAUCCAAACUGCUCAAAUUCUACAACAACAGCUGAUAAAAAUGUUCGCAAGAGCAGGAAUGUCCUUACAUAAGUGGACUUCAACCUCACAAGAACUUUUAAAUAGUUUUCCAACUUCUAAUCCUGAAAACACUUUUCCCAUAGAUGAGCAGGUCUCAAAGGCUCUUGGCAUGCAUUGGAAGCCUUUCGAGGAUUUAUUCAUAUUCACAGUCAAGUAUGAAAAUAAAUCUAUGCUCACGAAAUGA